CUGCCUCUCUCCCUGAGGGAGCGGCGCUCGGGCGCUGCCGGCCCGGCCAUGUACGCGGGCCGCAGGCGGAGGAAGCCGGUGCCGCGGGCGACGCGGCCGGGCCCGGCCGAAGGCGGCGGCUCCAACCCGUCCAAGCGGCACCGGGAGCGGCUGAACCGGGAGCUGGAGCGGCUGGCGGGGCUGCUGCCCUUCCCGCCCGACGUGGUGGCCGGGCUGGACAAGCUCUCGGUGCUCCGCCUCAGCGCCGGCUUCCUGCGCGCCAGGAGCUUCUUGGGCGUUGCUCUGAAGAAUCCUGGUGCCGAGGAAGCCCAGAGGGAUGGAGCCUGUGGCACUGGGCCAGCCCUGGGCUCAGCAGCAGUUCCAGAGGGUGAGCUGCUCCUGCAGGCACUCAAUGGCUUUGUGCUGGUGGUGACAUCAGAAGGGCUGAUAUUUUACUCCUCGCACACGAUCCAGGACUAUCUGGGAUUUCACCAGACAGAUGUCAUGCACCAGAGCGUCUUCGAGCUGAUCCACACCGAGGACCAGCCGGAGUUCAGGCGCAACCUCCGCUGGGCCCUGGACGCACCGCGCGCUCCUGAGGGUGAGCCCUCUGCAGCAGUAGGGAGGAGUCUUAGCUCCUCUGCUGUCCUCUACAAGCCGGAUCAGCUGCCCCCAGACAACUCCUCCUUCCUGGAGAGGAGCUUUGUGUGCCGCUUUCGCUGCCUCCUGGAUAAUUCCUCGGGCUUCCUGGCUUUGAACCUUCAAGGCAGGCUGAAAUUCCUUCAUGGGCAGAACGAAAGGUCUGAAGAUGGCUCUGUCCUGCCCCCGCAGCUCGCUCUGUUCGCCAUCUCCACGCCCCUGCAGCCGCCGUCCCUCCUGCAGAUCCGAACCAAGAACAUGAUCUUCAGGACCAAGCACAAGCUGGACUUCACCCCCUUGGCGUGUGAUGCCAAGGGGAAGAUCGUCCUGGGCUACACCGAGGCGGAGCUGCGGAUGUGUGGCACGGGGUACCAGUUUGUCCAUGCUGCUGACAUGCUGUACUGUGCUGAGAACCACGUCAGGAUGAUGCAGACGGGCGAGAGCGGGCUGACGGUGUUCCGGCUGCUGACCAAGGACAAGCGCUGGAAGUGGGUGCAGGCCAACGCCCGGCUCGUCUACAGGAACGGCAAACCCGAGUCCAUCGUGGUCACACAGAGACCCCUCGUGGAUGAAGAAGGAGGAGAGCACCUUCGGAAGCGGUCCAUGCAUCUUCCCUUCACCUUUGCUACAGGAGAGGCGCUUCUGUACCAAAGUACUCAUCCUCUCCCAGGCUUCCCUGACCUUUUCCAGAGCAAAGGGAAACUCAGCAAGUCCGAGAAGCCCUCCUGCAGCCACGUAGGGCACUCCCAGAAGAAUGGCAUUGACCCCAGGUCCCUGCUGGGUGCUGUGAUGCAGCAGGACGAGGCGGUGUACACCUCCCAGCCAGCUCCCAUUCCCAACCCUUCCUUCAGCAGCACUUUCCAGCUCAAGGCUGUGUCCUUGCCAGGUGCAGGAGGGGAUGCCUGGAGUAUGGGCACAGCUCCAGCUUCUUCAAGGGCCAACAGCCUCCAAGAGAAGCUGCUGGAUUUGCAGCAGGAGGACCCUCUCUUGGCCACCAUGGACUUGCUCUCAGUUAAGAGUGACCAGAGCUGUUCCAACGAGCUCUUCAGUGCUUUGGAGGGCCUGGCCUUGAAUGCUGAGGACCUGGAGCUCCUGCUGCCGGAUGAGAAAAUGGUGAUGGUCAAUACGGACCCAGACCAGUCCCCAUCCCUGAAUAACAGCCUGGCCAGCGACCAGAUUGUCUCCUGUGUCCCCAGGCCUCCAGUGGAUGGGCAUGAGGGAGGGCAGCGGGUCUGUCCCCUGCCAGCCAUGCCCCCCAGCCCGCAGGGAGGCUCUGCUCCGUGCCACACGGAGGACAAGGACUCGGGGUGCCCCCUGGCACAGCAUGCAGGGCAGCCCAGCACUGCCCUGGGCCAGCCCCCCACGCUGCUGUGGGAGCAGCCCCUCAGUGCUGUGCCAGGGCUGCUCCCAGCGCUGGCUGAGCAGCAAGAGCUGUCCAGUGGCUCCCGGUGGGCACCAGCUGGGCAGGAGACUGUGCUCCCCUCCUUCCAGCCAGUGCAGGGCGCCCCAUGGCACAGGACCCCCAGCUCAGCCCUGGGAGCUCCCUGCCCGCAGGAGCCGCCCAGGGCCCAGCAGCUGCAGGGAGACUUCUCAGUGGUGCAGCCCCUCCAAGAGGAUGCCCAGCAGUCCUUCUCCCUGCCCAGCCAGUGCCAGGAGCACGUGGCACCACCCAGCCAGCCCAGGCACCAUCACUUGCUGAUGAACGGGGCAUGUGGCCCCUGCCCCAGCUCUUCUCCACACCCCGGCCCAUGGCAGGCCUGUGCCUGCCCUCUGCUGCGGGCUCCAGCUCAGCCUGGCACUCCUGGCCUCGGCAGGGACGGGAUCUCCCAGCCCCAGGGCUGCCUGGGCCCCGGGCCUGGCCUGCCCCCACAGCAGUUUAGCCUGGAUGCAUUGUGCAGCCUGGAUGCUGCUGGCUCCUGGGAAGAGACAGCUCCAUACCCCAGGCUGUUUCUCCCUUUCUGCCAGCUCGUUCCUGAAAAGCAGCUGAACUCUGUUCUUUCCGUGCCCCAGCACUCUUCCCCCAGCUCAGCUGCAGGGCACUUGGGGAGCAUCAGCAGCCCUCUGGAGACACUGAAUUCCUGUGGGACACGUGGCUGUGCGCGGAGCCAGGAGGGCAGGCACAGGCCCUGCAGCAGCCCUGGUUUGCCCAGCUCUCCCAUGGGACUGCCCCAAGACCAUCCAGGGCUGGGGGGAAGCCUGGCACUGCCCUGCCGGCCUCAGCCCCGGGCAGAAGUGCUGCCAGAUCACCCUCACCCCUCCAGGGGGGACUUCUAUCUCUAGGAGAGACAGGAAUGGACAAAGCAGGACUUUUCCCUGGGGCAGGAGCUGCCUUCAAGCUGCAGAAAACAAAACAAACCUUCCCCUGCUGCUGGGUGCCAUUGAUGUU